AUGACGCCAGGAAACCAGAAGGCGGAGUAGUCUUAUUGCGCAUGCGUUGGGCGAGCACCAUUACUAACGCACGGGUCGGCUGCUGCUGCCAUUAAGAGAGGCGAUUGGUGCGUGAAAGGUUCGAGUCUCGGAUACGAGCGAUUAUCUGGUUGUGUUGCUGUAGUGAACAGCCGCCAUUUUGUCUUUGUGACGAAAUAGCCCGUCACGUGUCGGCGCAUCGAGCCCUUCCCCUGUCCGCGUCUGUGGGAGAAAAUGUCCGAAGGCGGCGAAGGCUACGUGGUGAAGAUCCGCGGACUGCCCUGGUCCUGCUCGGCGGAGGAGAUCGAAACCUUCUUCUCCGAAUCGAAAGUUUUAAAUGGCACCUGCGGAGUUCACUUCAUUUUCACCAGAGAAGGGAGACCAAGCGGAGAGGCCUUUGUGGAGUUUGAAAGCGAAGAUGAUCUUAAUUUUGCUUUGAAGAAAGACCGAGAAACAAUGGGCCAUAGAUAUGUAGAAGUAUUCAAGUCCAACAGUGUUGAAAUGGACUGGGUUCUGAAGCACACUGGUCCAAACAGCCCUGACACUGCAAAUGAUGGUUUUGUUCGUUUAAGAGGCCUACCAUUUGGUUGCAGCAAGGAAGAAAUAGUUCAGUUUUUUUCAGGGUUGGAAAUCGUGCCAAAUGGGAUAACAUUGCCGGUGGACUUCCAGGGGAGGAGUACGGGGGAGGCCUUCGUGCAGUUUGCUUCACAGGAAAUAGCUGAAAAGGCUCUAAAGAAACACAAGGAGAGAAUAGGGCACAGGUAUAUAGAAAUUUUUCAGAGCAGUAGAGCAGAGGUUCGUACACACUAUGAUCCUCCCAGGAAGCUUUUUGGUAUGCAGCGCCCUGGACCCUAUGACAGACCAGGUGUAGGAAGAGGUUACAAUAACUUAGGAAGAGGUUUUGAUCGGAUGAGGCGUGGUGGAUAUGGAGGAGGCUACAGUGGUUAUGAAGAAUAUAACGGGUACAAUGAAUAUGCAUUUGGUGCAGACCAGAGAUUUGGAAGAGUUUCUGACCAUAGAUAUGCAGAUGGAUCUAGUUUUCAAAGCACAACUGGUCACUGUGUACAUAUGAGAGGUCUCCCUUACAGAGCAACAGAGACCGACAUAUAUACUUUCUUCUCCCCAUUGAAUCCAGUUAGAGUUCACAUUGAAAUAGGAGCAGAUGGCAGAGUGACUGGAGAAGCUGAUGUUGAGUUUGCAACUCAUGAAGAUGCUGUAGCUGCAAUGUCUAAGGACAAAGCAAAUAUGCAACACAGAUACGUGGAGCUGUUUCUUAAUUCAACAGCCGGUGGAUCUAGUAGUGCAUACAGCAGCCAAAUGAUGGGAGGAGUUGCAGCAAGCACACAAACAAAUUAUGGCAGUCCUGGAUCACAGGCAAUGAGUGGCAGUUAUGGAGCAGGAUAUGGAAGUCAAGCCAGUUAAAGUGGUUAUGGAAGUCAAAGUGGUUUAAACAACAGUUACUACAGCAGUGGAACACGAGGCUCACUGGGAAUGAAUGGAAUUGCUGGAAUGUCUAGCAGCGUGAACAUGAGUGCUGCUUGGGGAAUAUAAGUGUAUACUUGACCCUAUAUUGUAGAGCUGUUUUUUUUUUUUUUUGUUUGUUUUUUUUGUUUUUUUUUGUGGAAUUAUUUUGUACUUUUGCUUACUAUAAGACCAUUUUAUUAAUGUGGUAUUUCAGUAUUUGGUCUGUCAAAGACGCUGUUAAAUAUUGUAACUACAUGCAGCUGUUUUCUGUUGAAAUCUCAUCAGCUGUUUUUUAUAUUGUAAUGUAUUUGCUUUGACGGUACUUAAAAGAAUUGUGCCUGCUAUAUUCUUUAAUGCAUAUUCAGUUUUUUCCCCUUUUGCAUUUUUUUUUUUUUUUUUGUCCCUCCUUCCUUUUUUCAGCUUUGUCAUGUGUGUAGAUGUUUCUCAUCUUUUGACCAAUAAAUUUGAAAACAA